AUGUUUGCGAAGUUUGGCGAUGUAUCCCGGGUGAUUGUGGAAGGCGACGACACGGACGGCAGCAGCAUGGCCGCAUUUGCUGCCAGGUUGCACCAUUCCUCCUCCGCGCCCUCCGCCGCGCCUUCCGCUGUUGUGGUCUUCGCGCGGCCAGAGUCCCUCCGGCGCCUCUUAAAGACCGCAUCGCUUUCCGCGUCCUCGAAGGCGUCUCUUAAAGCCAAGGCGCAGGCCAAGGCGACGAUUACGGAUCCCGACCCGCCAAUGCAGGGGGGGGAGGCGGACGGGGACGGGGAGGGAAAGGGGAAGGGGCAGGCGGAGGGGGAGGAGGCGCAGCAGCCGCUGUGGCCUGCGUGGGGGAUGGAAGGAUGGCUGAACGCAUAUGCAGAUGAACGGCCAGGAUUGGCGCAUCUGCAGGCGGAGGCAGAUGCUUACAUCAGCGAGUAUGAGGACCGACUCGAGAGGGAGCGCCGCGAGGCAGAGGAGAGAGCGCUACGGUCACAGGAGGACGAUGGAUGGACUGUCGUGCGUUCGUCGUCUGCAUCUCGCCGCAACCGCGACCCCUCUUCCGGCGUUUCCAUGGGUGUAAUUUCCAAGGCGCGCGCUCAGGUCCUCGCAGUAAAGCUGCAGCAGAAGCAGAAGAAGCAGCAGGCUGCAGCAGCUGAGGCGCUCAAGUUCUACCGCUUCCAGCACAGAGAGGCGAGACGACAAGGCCAAGAUGACAAGAAUUCUCAAAGCCAAAAUCAUGCGUCGAACCCUCUAAAGCUGGAAACAGAUCGUUUGGAGAAUGAACUGAAAGCUAAGAGUUUGGAGCUUGAGAAGAUCGCGGCAGAGGCAAAAGGCUUGAAGCUCUUAAAUAAGUCGAUGGAAAAGGCUGUAAACGGUACCCUUGAGCUGAAGAAGGCCAACGAUUUGCGUAAAGCUUCUCAGGCCGCGCAACAGGCAGCUGAAGCCACAGUUAGACGCCUGCAAGCAGCUCAAAAAGGGAAGCAGGGUCCAGCGUUGGACGAAGUGAUUGCUGCACUGGAGGCUGAGUUGAAGCUGUCGCAGAAAGAGGAUCGUCUCAUGCGCACUAAAGAAGUUGCUCUUUUGGACGCUGAGAAGGCUGUGGAGGCUGCAAAUGCAAAAGCGGCUCAAGUGGAUGAAUGUAUGAAUAAGAUUGCAGAGCUGACUCGCCAGCUUAACGCACAGCAGGACGAGAACAAGACGCUUGACCGCAUGUACAAGCAGAAGGUGGACGACGUGAAGAAGCUUACAUCGCAAGUCGAAUCUUUGAGUGAAGCCGUGACAGCUGCACAGAGCUAUACUAGCGUCAUCAAGGACUACCAGCGACAACUUCAGGAGUUACAGGCCACCCACAAGAUCACCCUGGACGAGCUGGCUCGUGCAAAGAUUGCAGCAACCCGCGUUGCUUCUGCUGUUGCUAACGAAUGGAAGGAUGAUAAUGACAAGGUUAUUCCCGUAAAGCAGUGGCUAGAGGAGCGGCGUGUUAUGGUGGGAGAGGCGGAAAAGCUAAAGGAAAAAUUGGCACAUGCUGAACGUGCAACCAAGUAUGAAGCACAGAUGAAGGUGUGGAGGGUUGUGAAGGCGACAAAGAAGAACACCUCCGAACUUGACGCCAACAAGGAAGUAACCAAGUUCAUUAAUGCAGCAAACGAGUCUCGUGCAGCAGCAGUGGCCGCGAGAGACGGAGCACCGCUGACGCUAGUCAAAGCCCCGCCUCCGGAUCCGGCAGAUGCGGAGGGCAAGAAAGGAGCGAGCAAGGGGAAGGUGCUCAUGGGGAAGGUGAAGCCGGCGGGCAAGAAGAAGUGA